CAAAAUAUAUUAUUUUAUAUUUUUAAUUUAAGAAACUUAAACGAUUUUGAAUUAAUUUAAAAAAUAUAUUCUUUUUAGUUCCUAGAUACAACAAUGAAAGUUAAAAUUGCAGCUAUACUGAUUUUAAGGAUUAUCCUUAUCGACGGAUUCCUAGAAGAUGGCGUGACGAAUGAAAACAAACCACAUACAGACGAAUAUGACAUCACAACGAUUUAUAAAACAACGGCAGUUCAUAAUGUUGAAGAAGAAGACAAUCAAAAACCUAUCAAUAAUUCUGAGCGUAUAUACUACGAUGUAAAAAUACAUUUGAGAACAAAUGCGAUUGGUAUGCCGAUUAAUUUUAACGGUUUCAUUUUGAGUUCCGAUAAGAAAAGUUUAGAACUCAUAGCGGACACUAAAUAUCUGACAACAUUAAACAAUAUUUUUACAAGAAACCAAAUCGAGUACAACCCCGAUGAAUGGACCAUCUCGGAAUUAUCUAUGUCUAAUGGAGCGGAACCCCCGAAAAAGUUCAAUUAUGAUUUGCUCUUAUGGAAAGCUAAUACCAAUGAAGAAUCGUUCGAGAUCAAAUGGAAACAAAUAAAUUCAAUUAAAAUGUGUAUAUCUAUAUCCUAUUUACUAGAAGAUGAAUCGAAAUGUACUUUGUCAAUGGCGUUCCAAGUUGAUGCCGUGCUUGGCGGAUAUGUCGACGAUCUCGUCGUCGGGCAGACGGCGCCUGAGCUCGGCCAGGUUGUCGCGGGCACCGUCCACGUCCACCUUGUUGGCGACGAUCAGCUGCGGCCGGUCGAGCACCGGGGCCGAGAAGCAUCGGACCUCGUGCCGGAGCACGUCCACGUACGUCCACGGCUCGGGCGCGGACAGGUCGACGACCAGCAGCAGCGCUGUGCACCGCUGCACGUGCCUUAG